CAUUCUUCGCCCUUCUUUCCUGCAAGAGCUUUUUUCCCGCGAAAAUAGGAAAAAAAAAACCCUAAUUCCAUCACAGCAUUUCCAUGCAAUGGCGUAGAACAGAAAAACCCUAAUCUUUCGAAAUGGCGAAUAGAAACGUAAGCCGAAGAGAGCUUUUGGAUCGAUGGAGAGGCAUCGAAGAAGAAGACGACGGCGAUUCGAAUCCGUUGAAGCAGCUUCAGAUUCGCCAUGCAAAGGAGGCAUGGUUUUCAGAUGCAUUCAACUUCCUGAUUUCUUUGUCAAACGAAACACACAUCUGGUGUGGUUGCUGGGAUUUGAUGGGGCCUCUCCUGGAGACUUUCUACCAACACUUCAAGGACAAUAAUAAGGAUUCCCCUCUCAAACUUCUAUGGAAAAGAAUUUCGCAAGAACUGAGACAAUGUACACAGUGCAUUUGUCAGCACCAUCAAGCUCAGGAAACAUAUAGUACAGAGUAUGAAGCAGAAACUGUUGCCCCCCUUCUUGCUGUGUUACAAAGUAUGGAUGAGGAAAGGGUGACUGAACACCUUAAAGAGAUCAAUGCAAGGAUAGCCAGGAGAGACUAUGACCCUGAGAUACACAAUGCUGAAGUUGUUAGCAUCAUGUUCGAAGUGUUAUCGUUUCCUAUUCUGUUAGAUGAUCAAUCUUUGGUUAGUGAGUUUCAAAUCUUUAUCGAGGCGAUUGAUAAUUCUCAUGAACUAACUUUGGCUGGGCAUCAACAAUAUCCGGGUGUAUAUGCACUUCUUUUCCUCAAAAGUGGAAGGGCUCGAUCGAUUGGUUUUCGUCUCGCUGGAUCCAUGGGAAAGUUGAGGAGAGCAGUAGACUUGGAACCCUUGCAGCCAUUGUUGAAGAAAUGCAUCAGCCUUUUGGAGACUGAAAUUUUGCCAUCAACGUCUGAGACGUCAAGGUCAAGGGUGCAGCUUGAACGGUUGACUGUAUGGCUUGGAAUCAAAUCAUUGCUUGGGUUCCUAGAGCCUCUGGCAUUUGAAGAAGGAAUAUUGGAACGACAUCCCAUUUUUCUUACUAUUGUACUCAACCACGUCAGUGAUGAUACGCUUGAAUUCACCUAUGCCAUUAAUUGCUUGAGGCUACUCUUUGAAAUGCUUGGAUGCAAGCUCUGGCUAAGGACUACAUUUUCACCUAGUGUGAUGCGCAACACACUAUUGGGUCAGUGUUUCCAUACUAGAAACGAGAAAAGCCAUAAAGAAAUUUUUGAUAUUUUCCAGCCAUUUUUACAGUCUCUUGAAGCUUUGCAGGAUGGAGAACAUGAAAAGCAGCGCAGGCAUUUUCUCUACUUUCUCCUCCAUCAAGUAUCUCAGAGUAGCAAUUUCAGUAUACUAAUGAGGAAAAAAGCUUGCAAGAUAGCUCUUUUGAUCAUACACCGCGGUUAUACGAUGGACCCCCCAUGCCCGCCUUUUGAGUGUGCACAUAUGUGGGGUCCUCCUUUGGUUUGUUCUUUGAAGGAUUCAUCUCUUCACAGCUCUCUGCGUCAACCAGCAUUCGAUCUCAUUCACACUAUUAUAGUGUCUGAUGCUUCUUCUUUGGUAACUUUGAAAUUGAAAUACCAUGUACCUCUGAGUAUCGAUACGAGCAUCUCUGCUGAUUUUAAUGAUGAAGAAGAUGAGCUUCCUUUAUCCCAUGAUGUUGAAGAGAAGGAAAGCAGUUGUUGGAAUGAGUUUAGUGUCCAGAGCAAACUUACCUCAAGGGAAUGCAAGGAAUGGAUGUGUAUUCCCAUGUUAUGGUUCGAUGUUUUGAUUGGACUGGAUCCCUCUACCCUUCCCAUAUCAUUUUCCAAGGUGGUUUUUUGGGCUCUAUCUCGUUUUUCUACAGUGGAGCCUGAAUCCAGUACAGAAAUGACACUUUCAGUUAGAGAUUGGGUGUCAGCCUAUGCCGGAAAAAUCUCAGCUUCAUUUGGGUGGGAGACUCCAAAUGGUUCGGAUGAUGGCGGAGGUGGGAAGGAGUCAAGAAACUCAGUUAAAGCAUCAACACUGUGUAUCCCUUUAAUAAGAACAUUCAAGAGGUGUGCUGCACACUUUGUUGUCCAAGUGGAGCAAGGUGAUCUUCGUAAGCAGUGGACAUGGGAACCAAGGAUGGCUGAGAGCUUGAUCCUUUUGCUUGUUGAUCCAAAUGAUAAUGUCAGGCAAGUUGGUAGGGUUAUUUUGGAACAUGUUUCGAAGACAAGAGGGCUUUCUUCUGGGCUGCAAUUUCUUUGCUCCAGUGCUUCUUCUCUGUCUGCCGUUUAUUUGGGUUUGAGACAUGCAAUGAAACUGGUCCUUUUGGAUUCUGUUUUAUCAAAUUUUCAUAAUUUGCACCAUUUAUUCUUCGUCAUUCGCAAGCUUCUCAAGGAAGUAGUUUCCUCUCCCCAAAAGCUACCUAAUAAUUCAAUCAAUGACUCAAAUAGUUCAAAGUUUCUAUCUGGAGGGGGCUUUCUUCACCAACCAUCCUUUGAUAGUCCCAUCUCUACUCCUGGAUCCUUGUCAAAUGCGGUGGACCUAAAGUCAUGGGAUAAGUUCUGUUGCUUGCUAUCCGGAAUUCUAUGGCCUUCUAUAUUGAAAUGCUUGGUAGAAGGGAAGGCAUUUAUCGAGAGUAAAACCUCCCAGAUGACAUGUGUCCGUGUACUGGAGAUGCUCCCUGUCAUAUUUGAGAGGCUCAGCUCAUCUAUGUUUAAGCUGUUUGGGAAUUCUGAAAUCUUGGCGUGCGGUGUUUAUGACUUCAAAUGGCUUCGUGAUUUGAUGGAUUGGGGAAAAUCAUCGCUCGUGGUUUUGAGCAGACAUUGGAAGCAGUGUGUGCUGUCUUUGCUAAGUUUACUUAAGGAUGCGUGUUAUGAUUCAGCCUUCACGAUAGGAGCCAUUGAAAGGCUUAUUUCAUGUGACACCGUUGCAAUGGAUGACCUGAAGGAUCAAGUAUCUCGCCUUUCUGUUUCAUUAUCAAUUGAAACCGCCGAUUUUGUUGAAAAGAAAACCUUAAAGCCAAAAGCUUCAGUUUUUGAAGGCUUGUCAUUUGAGAGAAAAGAUGCAGUUACAGCCCCUUCUUCCUAUGAUAACAAAGAUGUGCACGUUCAGGACAAAGUAGUGAAGUCGAAAUCCAGGAUUGAAAAUAAGGUGAUCGUCCUUUCAGAUGAUGAGGCAGAAAAUUUGGUUUGCCCCGAUGUGGUCAUUUUAUCCUGCAGCAGAUCAACUCAGGAUACAUCGGGUGUCAAGAAGUCAGCGGCAAUUGGCAUGUUACCAAAUGCCGAUCAGGGGAAGCCUAAGCCUAUGCGAGUUACCUCUUCAAAGAAUUUACUAGAUGCGUUUCAGUUCACAGAAGUUGCUGGGCAUGCUGGACUCCCUUCCCGGAAGCAGGACCCUGAUGCACCCAAAAACAAACUGCCUUCCAAACUACCAUCUUUUGGUCGAACACCUGCCUCACUUGUGCAUUCAAGAGGCAUAGACUAUAAGAAGCAAGAAAAUGACAUGUCUCUGUUCCAAGAUAUUGCUGAUUCUGCUCACAAGAACACUUAUGAUCGACCUGUUCAUAACAAAAGUUUAGAUCAGUCAGGUUCUAUAAGGACUCAUGUUACUAAUGUGGAUCCAGAGGAAAAGGAUAUUGUUAAGAAAGAAUUAAUACAUUAUGGUGAGGGUGAUCCUUGGGAGCGUGCACUCAAAGCUGCAGGAAGUUCAAAGUUAUUACUAGCAAAGUCUGUUGUCGCUGUUCCUAAACUACAACCGAUAAAUGAUCCUUGGGAGCGUGCGCUCAAAGCUUCAGGGAGUUCGAAGGCAUUACUAGCAAAGUCUGGUGUCACUGUUCCUAAACUACAAACGGUUGAUGAAAAGAAACAAGAAAGGAAAGCAUGUGAUGUGAGUGACACUUUCCCACCCAGAAAUAAUACUGAUUCUGUCUUUGAGGAUGUUUCUAACCAAACUGUCCAUCCCAAAAGCUCUGGUCAGGCAUGUACUGUAGGGAGUUCUAGGACUGAUGAGGAUCUAGAAACAAGGGAUACUGUCAUAAAAGAGUUAAUAUGUGAUACUGAAAAUGAUCCUUGGGAGCGUGCACUCAAACUUGCAGCACGACCACAGUCAACAAAGCCAGGUGUCUCUGUUGCUAAACGACAGGUCAUUCAACUCACAAUGCCUAUGGGAAACAAAUCCGGCCGUUUUCAAAGGAUGGAUGCUGCUGUCAAAAGAUUUAAACCUCCAAGGUUGGAUGACUGGUAUCGGCCCAUUUUGGAAAUAGAUUACUUUUCUGCGGUGGGGUUGUCUUCUGCAAACGAAGAUGAGAAUGCGACUAUAACCAAUUUUAAAGAGGUGCCCUUGUGUUUCCUAUCACCUGACCAUUAUAUGGAAAUUUUUCGGCCAUUGAUAUUGGAAGAAUUUAAAGCUCAGUUACAAAAUUCGUAUGUAGAGGCAUCUUCAACAGAAAUGUGCUGUGGCAGACUCUGCAUACUGUCAGUGGAAAGGAUUGAUGAUUUUCAUCUUAUUCGCUGCAUUCCUGAUGAUGGUGAAUCUGCUUCAUCUAGAGGCUGUUCAGAAAAUGACCUGGUUUUGCUCACCAAAACGCCUCCGCAAAGUUCCGCCCAAAAUAUUCAUGUGAUCGGAAAGGUGGAGAGGCGUGAGAAAGACAAUAGAAGUAGGUCGAAUAUUUUAGUAAUCAGGUUUUAUCUUCAAAAUAGUUCAUUGCGUUUAAAUAAAGCAAAAAGGCUCCUUGUUGAACGGAGCAAAUGGUAUGUAAGUCGCAUUAUGAGCCUUACUCCUCAACUUCGAGAAUUCCAGGCACUCUCAUCAGUAAAGGAUAUUCCUAUGCUCCCGGUUAUCUUGAAUCCUGUUGAUCAAUAUGUCAGUUGUUCUGAAUUGAAAACAAUUGAAUUGGGUAAGCUCUCACUGCCAAUGCAGCAAGUGUUAAAGUCAUCAUUUAAUGACCGUCAGCUCCAAGCUAUCAGUGUGGCUAUUGGAACUCAUGAUUCAAAGAAAGCUUUUGAGCUAUCCCUCGUCCAGGGUCCUCCAGGUACCGGGAAGACCAAGACAAUUGUUGCUAUUGUGAGUGGAUUGCUGGCUUUAGGUGCAUCGAAAAAGAACGAUUCCUCAAAAACAUUUACUAGCAGUUCAAGGCCAGUAAGUACGACAGGCAUAAAUCCCAGAACCCAGAUUAGCCAGUCUGUCGCAAUAGCAAGAGCUUGGCAGGAUGCAGCUUUUGCUAAACAGUUGGCUAAGGAAGGGGAAAAAAGUUCCGGAUCAAUUGAAAGUUCUUCAAGAGGAAGGGUGCUCCUUUGUGCUCAAUCAAAUGCUGCAGUGGAUGAACUGGUGUCAAGAAUAUCUACUGAUGGUCUUUAUGGCAAUGAUGGAAAGAUGUACAAACCUUACCUAGUGAGGGUUGGAAAUGCAAAAACCGUUCAUCCUAGUUCGCUGCCUUUCUUCAUUGAUACUCUGGUUGAGCAACGUUUGGCAGAAGAAAAGAUGAAUGGAAGUGAUGCAAAAAAUGAUACGGACAGUGAUUCUUCCAUGGCACUCCGUUCUAAAUUAGAAAAAUUAGUUGAUAGCAUUCGGUUCUAUGAGUCUAAACGUGCUAACUUAAGAGAUGGCAAUGUGGAUGCGAAAAGCCUUUCAGAAGAUGGGGACCUUAAAGAGGAUGCCAAGCAGGAAAUGUCAGAUGAAGUAAUUGGGGUGAAGCUCAAAGUUCUGUAUGCACAAAAGAAAGCUAUUUGUGUGGAUCUAGCGGCUGCUCAGUCCCGAGAAAGGAGAUCUUCCGAAGAAGUCAAAGCACUAAAGCACAAAUUACGCAAAGCAAUCUUAAGGGAAGCCGAAAUAGUGAUGACUACUCUCAGUGGCUGUGGUGGUGAUCUUUAUGGAGUUUGCUCAGAACCCAUCUCUGGUUACAGAUUUGGAAACCCAUCUGAAGAUUCUCUGUUUGAUGCUGUUGUUAUUGAUGAAGCAGCUCAAGCUCUUGAACCGGCGACUCUGAUUCCUUUACAGCUUCUAAAAUCAAAUGGAACCAAAUGUAUUAUGGUUGGUGAUCCAAAGCAGCUUCCUGCGACAGUUCUUUCUAAUGUUGCCAGUAAAUUUCUUUACGAGUGCAGCAUGUUUGAGCGUUUACAAAGAGCUGGUCACCCUGUAAUAAUGCUUACUGAACAGUACCGGAUGCACCCAGAGAUCUGUCAAUUCCCUUCACUACACUUUUAUGAAAACAAAUUGGUUAAUGGAAAUCAGAUGGGUAGUAAAUCAGCACCAUUUCAUGAGAGCGUGUACCUUGGACCUUAUGUUUUCUUUGACGUCAUUGAUGGCGUAGAACAACAUGGGAAGAAUUCUGGUGGACUGUCCCUCUAUAAUGAGUCAGAGGCCAAUGCUGCUGUCGAAGUACUCAGGUUUUUCAAGAAAAGGUACCCAUCAGAAUUUUUUGGCGGAAGAAUAGGCAUUAUAACUCCCUACAAGAGUCAACUUUCUUUGUUGCGUUCAAGGUUUAAUAAUGCUUUUGGGCCUGGUGCUACUGCGGAUAUGGAAUUCAACACUGUUGACGGAUUUCAAGGACGGGAGGUUGAUAUACUUAUACUUUCUACAGUGAGGGCUUCGGAUCAGAGUGUUAAAGCUCCUGGGAUCAACUCAAGAGUCAUUGGCUUUGUUGCGGAUGUAAGACGGAUGAAUGUUGCUUUGACACGGGCCAAGCUCUCAUUGUGGAUUGUUGGUAAUUCAAGGACAUUGGAGACAAAUAUCAACUGGGCUGCACUUCUCAACAAUGCUAAAGAAAGAGAUCUGGUCAUAUCAAUGGAAAGGCCAUAUGAGUCCAUUCUUAGGAAGCAAUCAUCCUCGUCCAUGAGAAAACUCAGCCCGACCAGUUUGGAUUCUCAUUCAAGACAUCUGAAGCAUGCCAAAAAGGUUGAAAAUAAAGGUAGACAGAGUAUUAAAGAAACUGGGAUCAAUGCUGAAUAUGCUCAUGAAGGGAGUACUAAAAAGUUAGACCGCAGAGGUGAAAAGCGGAAAGGGAGGCAUAUAUCUGAUUGUGAUUCAAGAACUGUUAGAAAGCAUAGAACGUCAGCAGACGGUGACAGUCCAUCUGCAGUAUUUCCUCCGCAGGACUGUGGACCUCCAAAGGAUGUGAAAUCAACCACGGCAGGAAGGCGCGAAGAUAAAGUUGAAAAGAUUGAAGAACAGCAAGGUAACUUUGCUAGUGUUGUCUGUACAGGUAAGAGGAAAGAUACAAGUGAAAAAUCGAGUGAGGGUAUACGUGCUGAUGUACAACCGGAGAAGGAUGCUAGUAUUAAAACUCCCAGAUGGGAAGCAUCAAAGACAAGAUUGACAUCAUCUGGGCAUGGUACGUCUGGUGAUUUGAGUUGGAGAAACUCAAAGCUUUCACCGCCAUCUAGUGAAGGUGGUCACCAAGAGAAAGGUGAAAAUAUUGAAGAACAGCAAGAUAACUUAGCUCGGGUUGUGCGUAGAGGUAAGGAGAAAGAUACGAGCAAAAAAGUGAGAAGUCAGGGUGUAUGCUCUGAUCUACAAUCGGAGAAGGAUGCUAGUGUUAGAUCUUCCAAACAUGAAGGUGAUGGCAAAAAGGUUGGAGAACAGCAAGCUAACUUAGCUCAUGUUGUGCAUACGGGUAAGGAGAAAGAUACAAGUGAAAAUCUGAGCAAAUGCUUAUGCCCUGAUGUACAACUGGAGAAGGAAGCUAGUGUUAGAACUUCUAGACGGGCUGCAUCGAAGAGAAAGUCAACAUCUUCUGAGCGUGGUGUAUCUGGUGAUUCGAGUCAGAGUAACUUGAAGCUUUCACUGCCCUCUGCUGAAAGUAGUCAUCAAGAGAAAGAGGUGAAUGGUGGUGGUAAGGCUUCUACUCAAGCUGGUUCACCUAAAGAUUUGAUUGCGUUGAGGAAAAAACAACGUGAAGCCGUCGAGGCUCUUCUAUCUUCUGCCCUUUUAACUUCAAAGAAGCCUGAAUCUUUAUCAAAGCCCGCUCCUGCCAAAAGGCCUCUUUCACCCAGUGCAGCUUCAAGAGAUGUCAUUAAGCCACCCAAGCCCAGCAAAGCUCAACCAAGUGCCUCAACAAACCAACCACAAGAAAGAGCAACUGGAUCAGUGCGCCCUCAGAACCCUCACUCUCAAAACAUGAGAAACCAUUCCGCACAUGAAAAGGACUUGAAUGAGGCAUGGGAGUCUUUCAAGGACCUGAUUCGAGACUAAAGAAACUAAAAAGCUGCCGUGUAUAAAACCUUUGGACUGCUGCUUAUCAUGAGCACAGACCCCAAGUGAACUGGAUGUCAUGCUGAAUUUUGAUCUCCUCACCCCAGACGAUGAUGGAUACUAAAACAACUGGGAUUCACAGAUUAUCUAUGGACUAAGCUACAAGUGUAUCACUCUGCGGUAACCUCUGUAAAUGAGCCUCUUCCACCUUUCUUGACAGAUCCUCCUCUUUGUACUUCAUAUCCUGUACAGUUGGUUUUAUACUAGGAGGAUGUUAGAAUUAGUUAGGCGGGCCCUUGUUUUCCAUAAAUGUCAUCUUUUGUACAAGUAAUUAUUUAGUGUGAUGAUUUUGUUUGCUUAAUGGAAAAAGGCAUAUGUCAGUAUUUGUGGAGA